AUGAUUUCGGGAAAGACCAUCAAGCUGGUGGUCUUUGAGCUGCUGGAGUUUGUGGCCUUCUCCGUCCCCACCCUGGUGAUUGUGGAGAAGUUCGCCUCAUCCUACCAGGGCAUGCUGACCACGCCCGAGAGAACACAUUACUGGAUGAUUGUUUCUUGCUCCAUUGCUUAUGUGGCUUCCACGACUCUGCUGAUCUGGGUUCCCGUCAAAGUCCUCCUGUACAAGAAACGUCACCUGUACAAAAAGAUUAAAGGAUGGAGACCUGUUAUGAUGAUGAGUGUGAUACUUACCACCCUACCCAGCUUCAGCUUCUCUGUAGCAACGACAGAGAUUAAGAAAAAUGGCACGAGUAGCAAUAGCAAUGAUUCCAUAACUCCAUUACCUGACCUGCCCGUCUCUCUGGUUCUGACGUGCCUGAUUGUACUUGACAUUAUUGAAAAGCUCAGGAUAUAUCCUCUGAGAGGGACACAAAAGAUGUCCCUUUCUCACCACAUCCAUGAAACCACUCUGCAGAACAUCAGAACUGUCUCAGAUGGAGUGACUCAGAGUGCCGGCAGCUCAGUGGCUCCGCAGCCCACCAAGAGGACCAAGGUCCCGGCCGCCAAUAUUGAGAGCCCCUCUUUGCAGCCAGAGGGACCCCAGGAACCCAACUUCCAGUUGAGCAUCUGGAGGACAGUGUCCCACCAGGACAGACGCGCUGAAAUCUUCCUCUGGAGCUUUGUGAACUGGUCGGACACAGUGGAGAUGGUGCGUGUGGCCGGCCACUCUGCUGUGUACACGAGCGCCUGGAUCUACCCGGUCUACAUCUUCAGCUACAUCUCUCUCCUGAGAAUUUUAUUAACGCCCAAGAAUCCUCUUCGGCAUUUCCUGGGUGUUGUGCUCCAAGAGGUGCCUUUCAUCUUUCUUAGACUCAGUUUGAUCAUCUCCUUAGGAACCAUCACGCCCGUUCUGGGCCUUUGCAAGAAUGUCCUGGUAGCAUUCUCUUACUUUUACUUCAAUCACUUAACCAAACUUCGGCUUUUCUCCACCUACGAAACUUCCUUCUAA